AUGCGCACAUGUCACGGCCUGAUCCUGGACAUCAGCGGCCCCGAGCCACAUGCUCAGUCUGGUACUGGAACGUCUCCCCCGGCGGCAGCACUCCGUCACACCAGUCCUUUACAGUCACCCCAGCCGAGAAGAGCCCAGGCCACACCAUCACUCCAGUCCCACAUCAACACAAAAAUCUGGCGAGACCAUAAUGGCGACUGGCACCGUCAGGUCAGACUCACCCACCAAAAAAGUACAAAAAGCAAGGCACAAAUGUUCGUCACCGCCGCCACCACCUACAUCAACUCAGGUGGCGACGGCGGCACCGCUGCCACCAAUGUAGCGUACCAAACGGGAGAAGGAUGA